AUGCUGGCCCAGAAAGGAAGCCUCCACACGUUUCAGAAGAGUGGCAUCAUACAAGUAGGGUGGGCUUGGCUCCGACCCCUGGACUGCCAAGUUAAUUGGGUUGCCAGGGUCUUCCCUGUAGCUCAAAUGGGUAAAGAAUCUGCCUGCAACGCAGGAGAUCCGGGUUCCAUCCCUGGGUCAGGAAGAUCCUCUGGAGAAGGGAAUGGCAGUCCACUCCAGUAUUCUGGCCUGGAGAAUCCCCAUGGACAGAGGAGCCUGGCGGGCUACAGUUCGUGGAGAUUCGCAAAGAGUCGGACACGAUUGAGCGACUAA